GUUCCAGUCCUGCAUUUCUCAGAACAGCAACCAAAAAUGGCACCUGGGCACAAGCACAAGAAGGACGCUGCCACUCCUGAACCCCAAUCAUCAUCACCAUCACCAUCAUCACCAUCACCAUCAUCGCCAUUGUCGCCGGCUUCGUCUGUGCGCGCGGCGGCAAUGCUGGACACGUCGGGAUCGGACUCGGACGGCAAGCGGUUUGACUCGCUCGAGUCCAUGUGGCGCGCGUACGGCCUGCCCGAGCAGCAGUGCGUGCCAGGCUCGCCCAUCAAGCCAAAGAGCACUCCAUCUGCAUCAGCGAGCACGAGCGACGGCGAUGGCCAGGAGGCAGUCCUCCCCGCCGCCGCCGAAGCUUCAACAAGCAAUCCGCCCAACCAAGGCGACGACGGCGCAGCAGCAGAGCCUGCAGCCACGCCGCGGUGGUACACGGACGCCAAGGACUACUGGGACAAGGUGGACACGACCAUUGACGGGAUGCUCGGCGGGUUUGCGCGGAUCUCGCCCAUCGACGUCGAGGGCUCCAACGCCUUCCUCGGCCCGCUCAUCCGGGGAUCCAAGGCCAAGACGGCGCCGCACAGGGCGCUCGAUUGUGGUGCUGGUAUUGGACGCGUCACAAAGCACUUUUUGCUGCCAAACUUUGAGACGGUCGAUCUCGUCGAGCAGUGUGGCAAGUUCCUCACCGCGUCCAUCAAGUACAUUGGCUCGGACCGCGUUGGAAGCCGCUUUUGCGCCGGGUUGCAGGACUUUGUUCCCGAGCGACAGCACUACAAUGUUAUUUGGGUGCAGUGGGUGUCCUCGCACCUGACCGAUGACGACUUUGUGGCCUUUUUCAAGCGAUGCCAGUCCGCGCUCGUCCCUGGUGGCCUUAUUUGCGUCAAGGAGAAUACAACAAAGUCCGGAUUCCUGGUCGAUGCUGAAGACAGCAGUGUUACUCGCUCGGACGAGCUCUUUAAGGCGCUUUUCGAACGCGCAGAGCUCGACAUUAUCAAGGAAGACACUCAGCAACGAUUCCCCAAAGCCCUAUUCAAAGUCAAAAUGUAUGCGCUCCAGCCACGAAGCACGCCCCAACAAGCUCAAUCAAGUCAAGUGCUUGUAACAGAGACUGUGACAAGUCAGUCUUCCCCAAUGCAACAAUAAACGCAUUGCACAGGGCGCUUUUGACAGAAUCAGAACAAAACAAACUCUUCAUUCGUUUUGUUCAAAAACUACAAUGCACUUUUGUCUCGCACUCUGAUACACUUUGAAACGAC